AUGUCCGCAUCGGCAUCUGGCUCGGAUGCCAGGGCCAACGGCUCAGCGACCUCGCGAGAUCACAAGCAGGGAAACCAAGAAAGAAAAUACACCCCUCAGCAAAAGGCCGAAGUGCUCCGAAUACGGAGAUGUGCUCCUACGGCCUUCUACGAAAUCCUCUCCAUCGAGAAGACUGCAAGCGACGGAGAAAUUAAAAAGGCCUAUCGAAGGCUUAGUCUCUUGACACAUCCUGACAAGAAUGGGCACGAAGGGGCCGACGAAGCAUUCAAGAUGGUAUCGCGGGCCUUCCAAAUAUUAUCAGAUGCGGAUAAAAAGUCAAGAUACGAUCAGUUCGGCGGCGAUCCAGAUAGUCGGUUUUCGAGUAGCAGCGCGCCCCAGGCUAGUCCGUUCAGCGGUUUUGCCAGGUCCUCUGGCCGAGGGCCUAUGUACGAAGAUGAGAUUUCGCCAGAGGAGCUGUUCAACCGAUUCUUUGGUGGGGGCAUGGGCCAGGGUUUCAAUUUUGGUGGUGGCGGAUUCGGCGGCCCUCAGUUUGUGUUCAACAUGGGAGGGGGCCCGGGUUUCACGGUUCAUCGCAUGGGAGGCGCAACACCAAGACGCAGACCAAGAGACGCAAGCGCAGAAACGUCGUCUGGCGGGCUCUCUGCCCUGAUCCAACUGUUGCCUCUAUUGUUGCUUUUUGUUCUGCCUUUAUUGUCCUCACUGUUUUCCGGCACGUCCAAUCCUGGGCCGCAAGUCCGCUACGAUGCGCCCGCUCCUCCACAUACCAUGCAUCGAGUCACGCCAAGAUACAAGGUUGACUAUUUUGUCAACCCCGCGGACAUCCAAGGGUUUACAUCAAGGCAGCUUAGUUCUCUGGAUCAGAGAGCGGAAGUGGAUUAUGUAUCAAGUCUGAAAUACCAGUGUGACAACGAAGUGCAUCGGAAAAGACAAGAGAUUAACGAUGCCACCGGUUUCUUUUUCACGGACGAGGUUCGGCUGAUGAGGGCGAAGAAUAUGCCUAUGCCUGGCUGCCAACGACUGGAUGAGUUGAAAAUAGGUCGACAGUAUUAA